AUAACAUUUCCCACCAUUUAAAUCCGUUCACUUCUCCCCAACCGCCAAAUUUGGUACCCAGCAGUAUAUUCUUUCAGUUUCGGCAUCUCUGCCUGAUGAUACUCCGGACUCCUUUCAUUCUCCAUCUAAAGAUUCUUGAAUCUAGAACAUCUUCAGUACUUUAAUUAAGGAAAUACAGAGACUGUAUUUGCUGUUAUCUCCAAUGGCCCCUGCAUUUCCAUUGCCCCUGCAAAGCAACAUUCUCUUAAGAUCCAACCAUAAGCAAUCCGUUUUGAAUUCCUCUUCCGCAGUCAGCUCGUCCAGCUACUUCAAUUGUGGGGCUGGGUGGGGUUCUUCCACUCAUUUCUCCUCGCCGGGACAUUUUUCAGUGCAACCGCCGCCGCCGCUAAUUCGUGUAUCGCGAGUGUCAACGGUGCCGGUAGAAUAUGUCUCUCCAGCUCCAGACAUCGACUUCCGCCAGGAAAUCGCCAGACUAAAGGGUUUAGGGUCAAAGCUUUCUAAUUGCACGAAUUUGGAAGGUAAGCUGAGAACACUUGACUCGGAUCCUCGAGUGUGCUCUUUUUUCUGCUCCCGCCACAGUGGGUUCAGCAGGUUUCUGGGCGCUCUGAAUUUGGAUAAGUAUGAUUUGUUUUUACUUAAAUGUAUGGUGGCUGCUGGGCAAGAGCAUGUUUUGGGGGAAUUCGGUGGCGAGUUUGACAUCAAACGCAGCUCUCUCAAGACAGCGCUAUAUACUCUGGCCGAGAUGAUUGAGAGAUGUCAAGUGAAUGGAGAUGAUUGCGGUAGCAGGUCUGCUGCUGUGGGCUCUGGACUGGGAGAAGAAGAGGUUAGGGCAUUGGGGUCGUUGUUGAAGUCUCUUGGAGAGAUUGAACAAUUUUAUGAUUGCAUUGGGGGCAUAAUUGGAUAUCAGAUAGUGGUCCUUGAUCUUCUCCUAGAGUCCACUUUGGAAAGACAGACAAACAGUUGGUCCACCCACACAAAUAAAACAUUGAAAUGCGAAAUUGCCGAAAUUCAUCCUCCCUGUGCACUUGAUCUUUCUCAAGAUGUAGAAUAUGCAUCUCAAGCAGCACUUUGGGGGUUAGAGGGUUUGCCAGACUUGGGGGAAAUUUACCCUCUUGGAGGUUCAGGUGACAGGCUAGGUUUGGUUGACCCUUAUACAGGUGAAUGUCUUCCUGCUGCGAUGCUUCCAUUCUGUGGACGUACACUUUUGGAAGGCCUAAUAAGAGAUAUCCAGGCUAGAGAGUUCCUGUAUUAUAAGGUGUAUGGAAAUCAGUGCAUCACUCCAGUUGCAAUAAUGACAAGCUCUGCCAAGAACAAUCAUGAGUGUAUCAUGCGUUUGUGUGAAAGCCAUAGCUGGUUUGGAAGAGGGAGGUCUAACUUUAUACUUUUUGAACAGCCUCUUGUACCAGCCGUUAACGCGAAGGAUGGGAAGUGGUUAACUUCUGGACCUUUCUUGCCUGUAUGCAAGCCUGGCGGUCAUGGUGUGAUAUGGAAACUAGCUUAUGAUAAAGGUGUCUUCCAGUGGUUCCAUGAUCGUGGAAGGAGAGGGGCAACUGUCCGUCAAGUCAGUAAUGUGGCGGCGGCUACCGAUUUAACCCUUUUGGCAUUGGCAGGAAUAGGUUUGCACUAUGGAAAGAAAUUGGGCUUUGCCUCUUGUAAGCGAAGUACUGGAGCUACUGAAGGUAUUAAUGUUUUAAUUGAAAGGAAAAGCCUGAAUGGUAAUUGGAUAUGUGGCCUAUCCUGUAUUGAAUAUACUGAGUUUGACAAGUUUGGAAUCAGGGAUGAGCCUCUUCCACCUAACAGUUUGCAGGCCGAAUUUCCUGCUAAUACAAAUAUUUUGUACGUUGAUUUACCAUCUGCUGAGAUUGUUGGGUCCAGUAAAGAUGAGAAAUGUUUGCCAGGGAUGGUUCUUAAUGUAAAGAAACCAGUUCUCUUCAGGGACCAGUUUGGAGUCAGUCAUAGCGUACCUGGAGGUCGUCUUGAAUGCACAAUGCAAAACAUUGCUGAUAAUUUUACCAGUAUAUUUUCAUCACGAUGUUAUGAAAGUGCAGAAGCAGAUGGGCUGGAUACUUUUAUCGUAUAUAAUGAAAGAAAGAAAGUUACAUCAUCUGCUAAGAAGAAAAGGUCACAUGCUGCCAAUUCUCUACGUCAGACUCCAGAUGGUGCCCUGUUGGAUAUGAUGCGUAAUGCCUAUGAUAUUCUUUCUCAUUGUGGGAUUCGUAUUCCACAGAUUGAGGGUGAUGAUAAGUAUGUGGCUGCUGGACCACCAUUUCUUGUACUUCUUCAUCCUGCUUUGGGACCUCUUUGGGAAGUUAUUAGACAAAAAUUUCAUGGGGGUUCAAUCUCUGAAGGCUCAGAGCUACAAAUAGAGGUUUCUGAGUUUUAUUGGAAAGAUGUCCAGCUUGAUGGAAGUUUGAUUAUUUUGGCUGAGAAUGUUUUGGGUUCAACAAUGCAAGAUAAAAAUGGUGAAGCUGUGCUACAGUAUGGAAUGAGAUGUAGCAGAUGUAAGCUCAAGAACGUCAAGGUCAUAAAUGAUGGCGUUGAUUGGUACUCAAGAGACAACUUAUACUGGAAGCAUGAUGUGCAAAGGGCUGAAUCUGUGACGGUGAUGCUGCAUGGAAAUGCAGAAUUUGAAGCAGUGGAUGUUAUUCUACAGGGUAAUCAUGUAUUUGAUGUUCCAGAUGGCUAUAAAAUGAAUAUCACAUCUGGAAAUUCAGGUCUAGAAGUUCAACUAAAUGCCAUCGAGAGUAGAUCAAUGGAUUGUGGAACCUGGUUCUGGAACUACAAGUUAAUGGGCACACAUAUUCGAUUGGAGCUAGUGGAGUCCUAGGGGAGACAAGCCAAAGCUACAUAUUGCCUUCGUGAAUCAUGGUUCAUGAAUGGGAAUGGAGUCUUGCUGGUUGUCUGGUUGAACGAAGUUGAACCUUUCCAACCAUCUCAUCAAUAAUAUAUCUAUAAUAUAUGUCAAAUUAUGUAUAAAUAGCUACUACUAGGUGCAAGCUUGUACUUGGAAUUAUAUAUAGGCAAUUCGUUGUCCUCUUUAGCUUAUUAUUACGGAGUACGUUUUAACUUUUAAGCAAUGUGGAAAUCUUGAUACAUUGGGAAGCACAAGGAGACUUUUGACUCUUUUCCUUCUGGCUCCUUUUCAUCGCAAAUCUGUAAUAGGGAUUUCGUACUGAAUAGUUGAUCUUGUAUUAAAUGCUUUAGUUUUGUGUGUUGUC